UUUUUAUUUUAUGGCUUUUAUACUGCCCAGUCUAAAUUAAUUUUUUAUUCAUAUUUUUAGAGCUAAAUAUUUUAUUUAUGUGGAAAGAUCGAGGCAAAAAUGUUAUUUCAUCAAUUAAAAAACUUAUUGACAAUUAUGACCUUUAUUCCAGAGAGGCUUUUUCAAUUGCAUUGGAGAAAGUGAUACGAGAUAAGCUGCUCCAUGUCGUGAAUACCCACGACAUUCUUCAGGCAUAUGCAACGAUAAUUGAAUGUCUAUCACAAUAUGAUCCAUCAUUUGUUUUGGUGCACAGAAUAUGUAGAAUUAUCAGAGAUUAUGUCAAACAAAGACCCGAUACUAAGCGGACAAUAAUUACAUUUAUUGCCAUUGAGAAGCCUGGAGAUAAUUGUUUAACCUCAGAUAUUGCUGUAACUAAUGCUAGUCGUUUAACGCUUAUGCUAGAGGAAGAGCAACUCAAUGGAUUAAAUGAUGAAUACGUAAUUAUGAUGUGUGACAACAGAGAAAAUCGUUGGAUGGAUUGGAUACCGGAUCCAAUUGAUGCUGAUCCAAAAGAGAGCAGACUUUUCCGAGAAUCCGCAGAUGUUUUUAACAUGUUGGUCAGUAUUUACGGAAGCAAGGAUCUUUUUGUUAAAGAAUAUCAAAAUUUAUUGGCAGAAAGGUUGUUAUCUAAUGGUUGGGAAAGGCAUAUACAUUCAGAAUUUACUUAUUUGGAAACAAUGAAAAGAAGAUUUACGGAAGGAGAGUUAAAUCAAUGUGAGGUAAUGAUAAGAGACAUUCGUGAUUCUUGGAAACUUGCUAGAUUUGCUGCCUCUUCCCUUCCAUUCCCAGUGAGCCCUCGAAUUGUUUCUUUUGUUUAUUGGCCAGAAAUUCAAUCAAGCGACCUCGACAGCAAUUUUCCAUUUCAUCCUCACUCAAUUUUCAAAGAUGCUCUUGAUAAUUACGAAAAAGUUUACAUUCAACACAAAGCUGCUCGAAGUAUUACUUGGCAUUCUGAUUUUGGAAGCCUAGUCGAAUUGGAAUUGGAAAUCGAUGAAAAAACUUUGGAUAUUGAAUUACCUCUUCCUCAAGCACAAAUUCUUUUUUUGUUUGCAGAAAAAGAAAAAUGGAUUAUCUCAGAAUUAGCUGAAAAAAGUGGUAUAAAUGCUACGCAAUUAAAAAAGAGAUUGGAAUGGCUAUGUUCGAAAGGUUUAAUAUUCCAAGGAGGUUUGGAUGAAAUUACGCUCGAGGAAACUUUUUGUCUUACUUCUUCCCCGUCUUCUAUUCAGAUUAUGGAGAAACGAGAUGAAGCUGUUAUGUUGGACGAUUUUAGCGAUGAUGAAGAAGAGGAGCAAAAUUCAGUUGAAGAUGUAGUUGAGGAAUUGGAGCAAUAUUGGAAUUACACAAAAAAUCUGUUAAUAUAUCGAACAACAAACGAACCUUUAACAGCUCAAUAUUUGCAUAGAAUGUUUAAAAACUUUACUAGCCCAGGAAAAACAAUUCCUUCAUUAGAUGCAGUUCAGAUGUUUAUGCAUAGAAAAGUUCGACAAAAUUUGGUAAUUAUUGAGAAUGGGGUUUACAAGGCAACAAAAGAUCUCAAAUAA